AUGAGCGACAAAGCCGACAAGGUUACUGAGCAAGCCUCCAAGAUCAUCAAGGUCCGCAUCACCAUUACCUCGACUAACGUCAAGAGCAUCGAGAAGGUCUCUGAGGACAUUGUCUCUCGCUCUAAGCAGUCUGAGGUCUUCACCAAGGGCCCCGUCCGUCUGCCCACCAAGGUUCUGAAGAUCACCACCCGUAAGACCCCUAACGGUGAGGGUUCCAAGACUUGGGAUAGCUACGAGAUGCGCAUCCACAAGCGUCUCAUCGACAUCCAGUCUCCUAUUGACGUUAUCAAGCGUAUCACUGCCUACAACAUGGUCCCUGGUGUCAACAUCGAUGUCACCGUUGCUAACUAA